UCGUUAUCCUGCUUCCUCGCAGACAAACACUUAUUCCUACGUCACUUUGAUACACGUUCUUUGGAGCACUCGAUAUACUGAGCCUCGUCAUGUCUGCGGACACAGCGCGUCAACAUUGGACACCCCCGCCUGGCCGACAUCAAGUCAGCAUGGGUGGGUCCAUGACUCGCUUCCUGAAGCAACGAAAGGGGAUCCAACAAACGAAGCAGAAUAAGGCAAUGCCGACGUCAAAUUACUAUCAUUUCAAAUAUAAUUUCAUGCCUGAAUCUGUCGAUGUGGGCAAGCCGGGAGUAGUAGAACUCACAAGGAAGGACUUCACGGCAGUACGCAUGGAGCGUGCAAGCCAGCAGUCUGAUGAGGUACACGUCUUCCGGGGCAAAGAGGAACCCGCAAAAGAAGUCGAGUGUGUUCUAGUUUUUGAUCCUGAGAGUGGAAUGUAUACACUGGAAAAGCUGGACUCUUCCUUGAUCUUGAGUCACGAAGGGCGUGGACCGCCGAAAGUGCGCCAACCUUCCGCGUCGCCACUACCAAAUACACCUUCACCCGCUGCUUCAACGAUGAAAGUAGAUGAAGACGAACUGUUCCGGGAGCUCGAGAGUACGCUUGCGGGAGGCAAUGUAGAUGACGAUGAUAUUGAAGAUAUGCCUUUGAGUGUGGUUUCAAAGGCUCGUAAAGAGGAGCCAUCUAAGCCGGUGGCUUCCAGCAUUUCUAAUGGAAAGCCGAAGCCAAUUUUGCAGGGCUCGGGGAAGACAUUAACAGGUUCUACUAGUAAACCCAAGCUCACCAAGCCUUCACCGCUUGCGUCAUCAUUGGCCCAACCUCCGAGUGGCGCGACUUAUAGUACAUCAAGCCCCGACAAAGGCAAGACGCUACAUACUCAAGCACACACAAUCGACGUUGAGGAAGAAGUGCUUGAGUUUGGCAAACCCACGCUUCGAACGGAGCGUCCCCGCAUAUCGCCACAACCCGGCCCAUCGCCAAUAUCACUUCCAGGACGUUCUUCAUCCAAUGGUCUGGCGCUACCAUCAACGAGCGGUGCUGUCUCGCUACCUGGUCCGGUUUCCGGGCAGGAUGACGAAGAUGACGGAGAAGGCUGGGAUGUAGUUGCAAGUAUUGGUGAUGGUGCUAAUGCGAGUAACAACGGUGAUGAUGGCUCCAUCUUUGGCGAUAAUUUCGCAGAUGCAGACGAAGGCGAGGAAAUCAAUGUCGAUCAGUUCGCUGCAGAAAUGGACCAAGAAUUGCUUGAGGGCCUCGAAGAAGAGGACGCAGAUGGGGAGAUGGAGGAGUUCGGAGUCGCAGAAGAACCGGCGCGCGAGUUGAAGCCGAUGUCGCUCAACCAAUUCGCAGGUGGUGUAGAUGUGAAUGUUGACGAUGGGGACGAUGACUACUCGUCGAGUAGUGACGAGAGCGACGACGACUGAUCUCUGAUACGCCUGCCAUAUCUGCUCCAUGCCGUAUGUGUUUCACCGGCGUAGCAGCGGAAUGUGUGGCUCCUCUCCGUUACGACAUGUUACAUUAUUUCUGUCAAUGUUCUGCUGUUGUGUGCGCCCCGACCGGCUUUUGCGGGCCUUACUCUUCUAGUCGUACCGUGUUCUGCUCGAACUAGCUUACAAUUUCUGUUCCCUUGCCCUUCGACCGUGCCCCUGAGAUGUAGAAUUUAACCGAUAGAAUGUCGCAUUUUCAAC